AUAAUUUUGUCGUGGUUAUUUUGACACUUCACACUUCAUCUCCCUCAUCUCCCCAGUUCUACGCACAGCUGUUCGUAAUUUCGUGUGAGAAACUGUUACGCUCCCAAAAUGUAAAAUUUUCCUCGGAAUUUGGCCAUGUACUCCUUCAAUUUGAAAGUGUUUUAAUCAUCUAGUUCACCAGUUUUCCAGAAAAUACAAUAAUUUAAUUUAGCUUCCUCGUUGUGCAGUUUCAAGUGUUGUCAUCAUGCAAGAGGAAUCAUCAAGUGGUGAGGCUGGUUUUGAGUUUAUUGACAAGUCAGCUCCUGGUAGUCCUGGUAAACCCAGCAAUACACCGAAUGUGUCCAAAAGUCCAUUAUUGUCGAAUGUUCCUCCUCCAUCAGCCUUGCCCAGUUUUGUCCCGGUUGCCCCAGUCGUUUCUCAACCGCAGAUGUUUCAUCAAUCAAGUUUCAAUCCUGUGUUCCCACCGAGUAAAACUGAAGGAAGUCCAGUAGCCCAAGAAGGUCCUAAUGUUGAUGAAGAUGCCAAUUCAGCUGAUAACUUCUCAACAAAUGCAUCAAAUCUUUUUGGUUGGAUGAAAGAUACCGUAAGCAGUAAAGGAGGAACUUUACUGUCCAAAGUUGCAGAGAAGGCCAAAACUUCUGUCGAUUCGGUCAUAACAACUCUUGAUCCUCAAAUGAAAGAAUUCUUGUCACUUGCGCCUGGAAAUGAACUGGAAAUUGUUGUAGCAUCAGACAAGGAAGUAAAAAUAUCUCCAAUUCGAGAGGCUUUUCAAAAUAUUGUUGGAAAGGUCAAUGUCAGGGGUGUUUCAUCUCAGCCUGAAGGGGUGGCCUCACAACCAGUUGGUUUUGAAGCUGCGAGCAAAGCUGUUUGCUCUCGUAUCGAAAAAAUCCGCAAAGAAGAAAGCUUUCAUGGCCCAGUGGUAGCGAUUGAGAAUUUCAUCCUGGAAGUUACACCUGGAAAAUGGUUUGAUGUGGGACUUGUGAUGUUGAACGAGCUGGACAAAGGUAUAAAUUUAGAAACUUACACAGAAUUCACACCCUUGCCUCUGGAUAUCGUUAGUGUGGCUAAAGAUGACACUCCGCAAGACUACGAACACCUGUCUACAGGGUUUGCUGUUACUAUCGGCAGUUUGAUGGCAAAUAACUUGCAGGUCAGUCCAAAUGAAUGGCACUAUGUUUAUACCGGAGUAUCCAGACGAGAUAUGCUACUCAACGCUGGGAAAAUGAUUGCAGGAUUAUACAAGAAUACGCAAUUUUAAAAUGCUUCAUUUUGUACUCUUGUCAAACGGCAAGAGAAAUAAAUUCUGAAGCAAUUUUUUCUUCUCCUUACACAAAUGGAGUGUACUUCUGGAAUAGAAGGUCCAUCAAGCUUGUGUUUGAAAGAAUCUCCUAAAUUUUAUGGCUGUGUAAGUUAUAUCCUACGAAUAAGCGAGCAAGUGAGUUGCGCUCCUCUUGUUGUAAUAAAUACCUAGUUUUAGAAUGUUUCUGAGAAUGAAUUUUUGCCAAAUCUCAGUUUCAUAUCUAACAGAAAUCAGUGCCAAUUUAUUCUCCUCAAGUGCAAUCAUCAGAGAAAUCAAAUCGUGGAUACCAAAAGAUAUGCAGGAAAAAGCUACAACCCAACUCGAAUCUUUAAAUCUUUUUGUUACUGUAAUUGUUUUUCACAAUCGCCACAUUGCAGAUGUUCAUUACGGUUGCUCAUUUAUUUUAUAUUGAUUGGUCGUCUCCAAAAUGAUAAGGGUCACUCGUUUUUUUUCCACUGACAUCAUCGAAGGACACUACCAAGCAUCCCCCUUUCAAAAUAUUAACUAUAACGCCGGUAAAACUACCAGACCAUGACCAGCGAACAAAUCAAUAUCUUUCCUGGAAGUUUUCACAGAGCUUUCUUCGUUUAGAAAAGGAAAAUCACGAAACUUCUCAAGAGUUGACGUUGAGCAGUUCGCCUUUAAAAAAUAUAGUAUGACUGGAAGUCUGCGAUGUCACAAACCGAGGUAAGUGGUCUGGUAGUUUCAUUGUCGGUAUGCAGUAUUUGUGGAGAUAAUUUUGGAAUGAUACAAGCAAGCAUUCUUUUCUUGCAUUGCACUGGGCAAACUUUCCGACUCAUAAUUAAGAACAGAAUUGAAUUCAGUUUGAAUCUUUUUUCCCUCUAAACGCUCUCUCACACAGUUAAAACUAUCAGUAACAAGUUCCGCUUAAUAUCAGUAGAUUCAAUUUUAAUCUUUAGAUAAUUAUUCAUAAUUUUAUUCAGCACCUAUAAAUGAAAAUAAAUUAUGUAUCUGGUUUUAUUGCUAAAAAUGAGUAAUGGCUUUGAAAUGAAAAGAAUUCGUUUUUCUGUAACAUGUUAAUUAAAGCGUUUCAUGAGCAAUUAAAUAAUUAUCUCCAAGGUUGCAUUUUUAAUUUGAGACGAUCAUGUCUCUAAUUUGGUUUUUUAAUUAAGAGGCAAGGUUUAAAACUGGGUUAAUGGAACACACAUCAGUAACAGAUACCUAUCAAAUAGCAAACGGGUGAGUAAGUUCAAUAUAUCGACCACAACCUAUCAUCAUCAAUUGUUAACAAAAAUAAGGAUUUUUUCCCUCUAUUUGUUAAUACACAUUGAAAAGUAACUCUUAAUGUGUGCAUUUUUUAGGAAUUAGGUAGUUAUAAUAAAUGUUUACAGCCUACUUGUUAAAACCUCAAAAACUUUAUCAUAUUAUAAUCUUGAAAGUAAAAAAUUCAGUUUAUCAAAAAAUACCAGACAGAUCUCAUUCUCGGAUAUUUUUUCAGCUUAGAAGUUUUUCUGUCAUUCUCAUCCUUCAUUUUUCGCUCUGAACUAUUUUCUUUUAUUUUUAAGCUCUUAUUAUUAUUGAAAAACUUUUGCAUGCAUCCUGCAAAAUCUCAGGUGCACAAGUGCAGUUUUUUUAAAUAAUUGAGAUAUUAAUGAUUUCAACUAAAACUAGUAGUAAAAUAUAUUCUGUAAAAAAAUCACCAUGAAAAUCCAAUUUUUAAGCAUGAAAAUUUGAAUUUAAACUUUCUUUUCGCCAAGAGGCUUCAUGUAAUUUUUAAAAUUUGAAGAAGUAUUUCUUGUAGUAGCAGAAACUGCACUUAUGCGACUUGUCCUCCGAGCCUCUUAGUUAUCAAGGAUUAGGUUUUUACUAGAUAGACAUACUUCGAUAAGAUCCUCAAUCUAACGAUUUGAUUCCAUGGAACUUUGGUCAACUGAGGUAAAACUUGUCGGUUGAUUCAAAUUCAUUAGUUUUGCCAAACAAGCUUGGCAGAGGUUUACAAAACAAAUCCUUACUUUUUCUUUGUUUUUUUAUUUCUUUUAUUUUGUAGCCCGGAAGCCGCAACCGUCGAAAAUUCUUGUGUAUCAUUAGUGUAAUUCCUUUUUUGUGUACAUUUCUAUGAAGACAAUAUUUUAUAUUUUUAUUCUUUUAGUGGGACCGUGGGACUCUGUCUUUUUAGACAAACUGCACAUGAAUUUCAAUUUUAACUCUCUUGGCCAGAAACAUAAAAAUUAUAUUGAGGUCUCCAGUUUUUUUCUUGCUUUUUAGAGUGGAACCUUUCACUUCAUCGACUCCUUUGCACUAAGUAAUUGUUGAAAUAUUUUUGGAACAUGUAGCAUGUGCUUUUUGAAUGGGGGGCAGCAAGUCACCACUGUCAUACUUACUAUGAAAAUAUUUUAUCAUUGUUGAAUCUUAUUGUGAUUACAUUCUUUUUUGUAUUAA